AUGAACAGUUCAGAGGAUCCAUUAGAUUGGCUCUCUAUAGAUAAUUUAGAUGAUAUUACGUCUGAAUUUACAUGUGAAUCAAAUAUAGCAAACUAUGAUGACUACUUAGAUAUUACUGUCUGGAAUCUAUGUAUAAAAUUUAAAUCAACCACAUUACAAAAUCCGGCUACAAUAACUUUUAUUUUAAGAAAUUGGUUCAAUAUAAUACGUGGUACUAAAAAUUUAUCUGGUAGACCUCCUAAAACAAGUCCACCUAUACCAUGUAAACGAUCUACUAAUAUAUUUAAAGAACCUUUAGAAAUAUCUUCUAAAUUUUCAUGCAAUUGGCAUACACUUAGUAAUAGACUCCAGUUGGAACCCCUUAAAAUAGAAGUUUGGAAAUCUAAUACAUUUGGUGAUCUUGAAAUACAUUCUUAUGGUGAUAUAACCUUAAAACAUAUAUUAAUACAACCUGAUGAUACACAAUUUAUAAAUGAAUCUAUUUUAUCAUACAAAACUUGGCCAACUAGAAUUUUAUUAUAUCCAUAUACUGUAGAUAAUUCAAAUUCUACUAUUAAACAAGAAAAUAUUUUACCUAUAGGAUUUAUAGAUAUAGAAUUAAAAUUACAAGGUAAUAAAAAACAAAAUACUACAGAAAUCAAAGUACAAAAUCGAAAGGAUAAAAAACAUAUUUUAAAAAAAUCAAAAACAGAAUCACCUCAAAUUUUAAAAGAUAAAAAUAUUAAUAAAUUUAGUGAUUUGUCAAUUGGACUUUAUUCAGAUAUAUCAGAUAAUCGUGAAUUCUCUUCAAAGAAGGAAGCUUCUACACUUUUACAAGAUCUACAAGAAAAAGAUAACUUUGAAACAAUAAAUAAAACAUUAAAUGACGAAUUAUAUUUAAAUUUUGGUUAUUUUAAAGUUGAAGAAUUUAAUAUUAAGCCAGAACUAACUCUUCAAGUAUUGGAUGAUAUAUUAGAUAGUAAAAGGGUUACAGAAGAUGAUAUAAGAAAUACACAAGAAUAUGAGGUUGCUCUUAGUGUAGAAAUAUGGAAGAAAUUAGAGAAAGAGAGAUUUAUUAAGCAUAUUGAGGAUAUUGAAAAAAAUAUACGCCUUUCUUUAAUUAAAAGGCAAGAAACUAUAAUGAAAAAUUUUAUACAAGACAUAAAAAGGAAAAAUAAAAAAUUGGCUACAUUAGAGAAUUUAUUAAAUGAAAAAAUAUAUCACUUAAGAGAAAAAGAAAAGUCUAUUGAUUAUAUUGAAGAAAAUAAAAAUGGAGAAUUGGAUAAUAUGAAAAUGAACUUUCAACAAAGAUUAGAUAUUAUUCAAUCCAAAUUUAAAACAAAACUAGAUAUAGAAAAAAGAAAAUAUAAACAAUUAGAAAUGGAAAAUAGCAAACUUAUUUCUAAGUUGAAUGUUGAAGAAGAUAAAAGUAGUAUUUUGAAGAAAACUACUGAAAAAGCUCAUAUGGCAAAAGACUAUAGCUAUUUUAAAGAUGAACUUUCCAAAAAAGAUUAUGAAAUUCAAAAUAAAGAUAUGGAAAUAAAGCAUUUAAAACAGUGUGUAGAAUUAUUGAAAGCUUCUAGGCAAUAUCUUAAAGAUAAGUUAGAUCAAAUAGUUGUUACACUAGAACUAGAAUCUGUGAAUAAGGUACCAAAUACAAUGGAUAUGCAAAUACCUACUGAUGUAGAUAUUUUAAUUAGAUCAGGACUUUAUAAUGAGGAUGACCAACUUAUAAAAUUAUUAAAUGAUAAUCCUAAAUAA